ACGUUUGUUUCCCCCCCUAAAUAGAUGUACAAUAUACCCCCGCGGCCCGGAGGGUGACACCUAACUUCUUAAAAAGCAUCGUCGACGGGGUUUGUUGGUUAUUUUUGUCACCGUAACCGGAAGUUGACACUGUGGCGCAGUUGAGUGCGAAAGUGAAAGCAUUAUCGUGAGGGGGGGAAACCAAAGGAGAGCCAACGCUCACUUAUUACUGCGACAAGAGUGGAACAAUCAUGGCCAGCCUUUGGUCUGUAUGGAGUCUUUCUUUGGUUACUUUUGCUUGCUUCGGUCGAGCCUGCAGCAGCCACUGUCCUGUGCUGGAGUGCUGGAUGGUGCCGGACAAGGCUCGAGCAGGAGCUUCCAACAACCAGGAAAAGGUCCUGCUGGACGUGAGGACAUCUGGCCAUCAUGCAGCCAGCCAGGACGCGCCACCUGACGGCAUCAAGAGAAUCUACUCCGUCGGCGAUCCGGCCGCGACCCUCUGUCACCGCUCGCUCUGCCCACUCAGCGGCUCCGCCCACAAGCCUGUGUGUGAGAUCAGCUCCUUUCUGCCGCACCCGUCCGCCGUCAAAUGGGCCGCCUCGCUCACGGAGUCUGCCUUCAGCCCCUUGUACCUGCAAGCCGACUGGAUGGCCGCCUCUAUCCAGGGGCUGGACGCACAACUGGGCGUAUCCAAUGUCCUGCGCGCCACCACGGGUACCAGCGACCUGGACGUGGUCCUCAGCGUGUCCACCACAACGGUCUCAGUGAAGGCCGGACUCGGCGAGACGGUGCUGCUGGACUGCCAGUUCUGGGCCGACCGCGCUUCGCCACUGUCCGGUUUUGCAAUCGAGUGGCGCCACCAGUUCAGAGGCAGCGGCGAAAUGAUUCUGGCCUACGAUGGCAAAGCGGACCGGCUGUCCGGCACGCCGGAGGAAGGUGCCAUGGUAGACUUUGCCGAGCUGCACCGGAACAGAAAUGCUUCUCUAAUCAUCCGGGAAACCAAAGUCAGCCACACGGGGACCUACAUCUGCAUGGUGUACCUGCCAAACCUCCUGACCCAGGUGACCAUGGAGCUGGAGAUCUUAGAACCUCCAUCCUUAUCCAUGCACCCCGCCUCUCCGCCCCUGAUUGUUACCGGCCAGAGUUUAACGGUACACUGCGAAGCCUCUGGCUUUGCCCCCCAUUCGCUGGACCUGAGCUGGGAGUUCAAAAGCCCGGAUGGAAAGACCCGAUCGUUGGGACCCGGGCGCAUAAGCGGCCACAGGCAGGCCUGGGACGGUACCUACAGCCAGGACACCCGCCUGGAGCUGGACACUUCCACGCUGGACCUGGGCAGAGGCGGAGAGGUCACCUGUGUAGGGGAGCAUCCCGGAGGAACGCGGCGGGCCAGCGUGACCCUCAGAAUCAUCGGCUUCAGCACGCCGUCCAUCGAGGACUCCAUGGCAAUGGUGGGUGUGGCGCUGGUGCUCUACGGCCUCAUCAAGUUUGUGUCUUGGACCUUCAUCCCCUCAGGCUCAAACGGGGCUGAUGAAGCGGACAAGAAAAAGAAAUGAAGAUGCAGCUCUGGGCCUGCCUUCCUUAUAACACUGGAAAAUCAACUCUUUUAUUUUCUUUCUUAUUUUUAAUCCUCACUCUCAUUUUUACAAAUUUGUCAAUUUAAUGGAAGUGAGUAAAACAGAAGGUUGUUUCUAAUUUUUUGCCCAUUGUAUAAAGAAAUAUUUGUGGGUUC